UCUGGAAGUAUUUGUGGAGUACACUUUUGCUGGUGUCCUCUUGGCAAACUUGCAACACCUCUGCUCUCGGCUCCUCCGCAGCAGGAUGAACGGCACUGAGGGAAACAACUUUUACAUUCCCAUGUCCAACAGGACAGGACUAGUGAGGAAUCCUUAUGAAUAUACGCAGUAUUACCUGGCAGAUCCAUGGCAAUUUAAGGCACUUGGUUUUUAUAUGUUUUUGCUGAUUUGCUUUGGGCUACCGAUCAAUGUGCUGACACUGUUGGUCACAGCCCAGCACAAAAAGUUGAGGCAACCUCUAAAUUUUAUUUUGGUAAACCUGGCUUUAGCUGGAACAAUUAUGGCCCUUUUUGGAUUCACGGUUACAUUCUACUGCUCCAUGGCUGGUUACAUGGCUCUGGGUCCCACAGGUUGUGCUAUUGAAGGCUUCUUUGCUACAAUCGGGGGCCAGGUUUCUCUUUGGUCUCUGGUGGUGCUUGCAGUUGAAAGGUACAUCGUGGUCUGCAAGCCAAUGGGGAGCUUCAAAUUCUCCUCAAACCAUGCAAUAACAGGCAUCGUUUUCACAUGGGUUAUGGCCAGUAGCUGUGCAGUGCCCCCACUCUUGGGCUGGUCCAGAUACAUCCCAGAGGGAAUGCAAAUUUCCUGUGGACCGGAUUAUUACACCCUGAACCCAGAAUUCAACAAUGAAUCCUAUGUCAUUUACAUGUUCAGCUGUCAUUUUUGCAUUCCAGUUACAACCAUCUUUUUCACUUAUGGAAACCUUGUUUGCACAGUCAAAGCGGCAGCAGCUCAACAGCAGGACUCAGCGUCCACCCAGAAAGCUGAGAAGGAAGUGACACGUAUGGUCGUGCUGAUGGUUUUGGGCUUCUUGUUUGCUUGGGUUCCCUAUGCUAGCUUUGCUGCCUGGAUCUUUUUGAACAGGGGGGCUGCCUUCUCGGCACAAUCUAUGGCUAUUCCUGCCUUUUUUUCUAAGUCCUCGGCCUUGUUUAACCCCAUCAUAUAUGUGCUUCUCAACAAACAGUUCCGUAGCUGCAUGCUGAACACCCUUUUCUGUGGCAAGAGCCCUCUUGGUGAUGAGGAGUCCUCGGUGUCGACGAGCAAAACGGAGGUGUCCUCAGUGUCUCCGGCAUAGGAUUAUUUGCCAACUACAUUUUCUCGAUGAUUCUUUUAAUGUUUUUGAGUCCACUGUCUUCAACAAGCAUAAGCCUCCAUGGAUCAGUUUCUGUAAUGCUUUGAAAAUCUCUGUACUUAUAAUCCUAUUGGGCCAUGUACCUCUUCUCUCUCUCUCUCUGCCUUGGAACAUUUUAGUUUAAAGAAGACUUUUAACCUGACCCUACUUUGUCAAUGCGGACUAGAUACAUGCCACAUUUAGCCUCUAUUCUCUUCAAUAAAAAGAGCAUGGGUAGAUUAGUUUGCACCAACUUAUGGGUUAUCUCAUGUCUCUCAACCAAUGCUUCAACACAAAGUAUAGGUCACCACUAAAUCUUAGCAUAAGCCUCUUUUCUGGACAUUAUCACAUCAGAGGGUCAUGGCCAGAACUGGUUAAACCAAGGUUAAGUGAGAAGCAUAACAGUAUAUACAGGAUAUACAUAUACAGAAGUCAAUGACACGAUGCACUAUUCUAUUCAUUUCAUUAUUUUUGGCUGAUUUGUCAGCUUUUUGUGUAUAUAUUUUCUAAAUGUUAUACAUAUUGAAAAGUAGAAUAAUAAAUACAUGCAUGCAAACAUU